AGUCAACAAUGUCGUCACGGUGGCCUUUCAAGCGACGCAAGUCUCCUUCCCUGGGCAGGGGUAAUCCGUUGUCUCUGGAUCUCAGCGAAGAGAUUGGGUAUGAAGCGCCACUGUCCUCUAAGGAUACACGGUUUGCGUACGAGUACCAAACCUCGCUCAGCAAACUCGGCGGGCAAAGCGGCAGCUCGACAGUGACGGGAAGGGCUUCCUGGGCAAGCGUGAAAUUGAUUUCUACACAUUCGCACAGCUGUUGCUCUCCUCAAUCUACAGGAAUGUAUCGAGCUAGAGGACAGUAUCCCAUUGCGGGGAUUGUCGAACUGACUCUUCACACCGCUAUGACGGUGGAGAAGGUGUCCAUCGCGCUUAUCGGGCGGUUCACGAACAGAGGAUCCCACAAAUCGCACGUCUUCCUGGACAAUUGCAUGACCCUAUGGGAUAGUUGGAUGGGUAACCCGAGACUUGGCGCGACGAACGCGAUGGGUUGGAACCCGCAUGCUCAGGUGUUCUCAGCGAAACUUCUGGGAUCAUACAAUUGGCCGUUCGAAUUCGCGCUUGCACCAAUGCAUGCAUCCUUCCACACUGAGUCGAUAGAAACCAGGUUCGACCUCCCGCCGAGUUUUGAAGAAGAGCGAAUUCAUGCCAAGGUGGAGUACCAGUUGGUGUUGACGGUCGAAGGGGGCAAUCCCCGGACGAAUGUCAGGUUACCAAUCCCAGUUCAUUACACGCCAGAUGCUCCUUCGUCGGGGCGCCCGCAGCGGAGACCACAGGGGAUGAUGACUCCAAUGGAGGAUCCCAGCGCAUGGUGUGCUCUUCCUGGUGUGCAGAUUGAGGGUACGGUUGUGCGUCGAAGAGUCCAUGCCCAUGCUUCGCUCUACGUUGGUAGCUCGCUAUCGUAUGCAACGGGGUCCUUCAUUCCGUGUUACAUUACCAUUGGUGUGGAUGACCCGCUUGCGCUCGACAUCCUGGCGACAUCUCAGAGGCUGGUCGUGAAGCUUCUGAGAAAGGUGACAUACCUCCAAGGAGACCCUACGGCUUCAUCGACAUCGUAUCGUCAGGCAAAAGCGUGCUUCAAGCAGGCGGAGGUGAUCUCCGAGUGUGGACGCGCGGUGUGGGUGGUUCCCCCAUUCGCGCCCGUGGAGCACCCAAGAACGCGUCAGUUCUAUGGAGAGAUCCACCUCUCGGAAGACUUGAAGCCGAGUUAUAGUUCUCCCAUUCUCUCCAUAUCUUAUGCCAUCCAAUACCUCAGUUUCGAUUGCACAGCUUUCGAACAAGCGAACGAAUUGAAAGUCUGUGGCGUGGAAAUUACUGAAAACUUUACCGGGCAGCAUUCUGGCGGCUUCAUCUCUAGAUGUUACUCAAAUAACGACCAACAAGUUAAACUGAAAGAUGUACAAGGACUUCCAAGCGACUUUUCUCACUUCUCUUUCUGACACUGGUUGAAACGAUGUCACCGCAACUCGUAUACUGUACCACAUUCUAUAAUGUUCUUGAAAACUUCUAAUGACUUUUGGACUGAUUUCUCGUUUUUGACAUACCCUUUACGAUAUCACUCGACACGUGGUCAAAUCAUGCUGUACUUUUAGCUUUCACAACUCUAAUGCUGACACGAUUCUACCUGCUUU